AUGAAGAUCUCCUUCCUUGCCCUGGCUGCCACUGCCAUUGCUGUUGCCUCCGCCGCCCCCGUCGAGAAGCGCGCUGCUAGCGACAACGUCGUUGUCGGAUACUGGGUUCCAUGGGGUGAUGUCCCAGUUGCCCAGCUCGACAUGGCCAAGUACACCCACAUCAACUAUGGUUUCGGUGUCACCGUCAAGAAGAACCCUAACCCCACCGACAUUACCUUCGACCGCUACUACGAUGGAACCCAGAUGCGCGCCUUGGUUGCCCGCGGCAAGCAGUUCGGUGUCCCAAUCUUGAUGUCGAUCGGAGGCUGGACUGGAUCGCAGACCUUCUCGACCAUCGCCGCUGACCCCGCCCUUCGCAAGACCUUCAUCAACAACGCCAUGGUCUUCGUCCGUAACAACACUCUUCCCGACUACGAAACUACUCCCGAUGGCUGGAACAUGGGCGGUAUCGAUAUCGACUGGGAAUACCCCGGCCGUGCCGGUGCCAUCUGCAACACCUACGCUCCCCAGGACUCCGCCAACUACCUCAUCUUGCUCAAAGAAUUGCGCGCUCAGAUGGAUCUCGAGUUCCCCAACGACCGCAAGCUGUUGACCGCUGCCGUUCGUGUCCAGCCUUUCGACGGUACUGAUGGCAAGCCCUUGGGUGAUGUCUCUGCCUUUGCCCAGUACUUCGACUGGGUUUCCAUCAUGGCCUACGACAUCAUGGGCUCCUGGAGCGCAACCACCGGACCCAACGCUCCUUUCAAGAACGGUCCUUCCCCUGCUGAUCCUUUCUCGUUCGUUCAGUCGAUCGAUUCCUGGACCGCUGCCAAGUUCCCCGCCAACAAGUUGGUUCUCGGAACUGCCUUCUACGGUCGCUCAGUCAUCACCACCGUCGAUAUGAACGCCCAGAACCCCAUCACCAUGUACGUCAACAAGACCGACGUCACCCCCAAGGGAGGCCCAGCUGACAGAAACGAUAUCAACUUCUUCUGUAACGAGGGUGCUGUCUAC